GAUGGGCGAGUUCCAUGAGAAAGAGACCACCUGUGGCACCGUCUGCCUCAAGUACUUGCUCUUCACCUUCAAUUGCUGCUUCUGGCUGGCUGGCCUGGCUGUCAUGGCGGUGGGCAUCUGGACACUGGCCCUCAAGAGCGACUAUAUCAGCCUGCUGUCAUCAGGCACCUACCUGGCCACAGCCUACAUCCUGGUGGUGGCUGGUGUGGUCGUCAUGGUGACGGGCGUCCUGGGCUGCUGUGCCACCUUCAAGGAACGACGGAACUUGCUGCGUCUAUACUUCAUCCUGCUGCUUGUCAUUUUCCUGCUGGAGAUCAUCGCGGGCGUCCUAGCCUAUGUCUACUACCAGCAGCUAAACGCAGAGCUUAAGGAGAACCUGAAGGACACCAUGACAAAGCGAUACCAGCAGCCCAGCCAUGAGGGCGUGACCAGUGCUGUGGAUAAGCUGCAGCAAGAGUUCCACUGCUGUGGCAGCAACAACUCGAAGGACUGGGCAGACAGUGAGUGGAUCCGCUCCGGUGAGGCAGGUGGCCGUGUGGUUCCCGACAGCUGCUGCAAGACAGUGGUGGAAGGCUGUGGCCACCGGGACCAUGCCUCCAACAUCUACAGGGUGGAGGGCGGCUGCAUCACCAAGCUGGAGACCUUCAUCCAGGAACACUUGCGCAUUAUUGGGGCCGUGGGCAUUGGCAUUGCUUGCGUGCAGCUCUUUGGCAUGAUCUUCACCUGCUGCCUGUACAAGAACCUGAAGCUGGAACACUACUGA